AUGAGGACAUCGACCGUGAUACCCAUUAUCUACCUCUUACUUACGAACAAAAUCGAGAGUGAACCUUUGCCUGAUCAGCGGACUCGCGCCGAUUAUGAGGACAUCGACCGUGUCUGUGGACGAAUUGUGGCGAUGUUCACUGCCGACAAGGUUGCACCCUACUUUUACAUGGGAAUUAGCAUAAUAGGCUGUGGAGCCGCUUGUUGUGUGCUGUCGUUUGAAAAUGGUCUACUGAUUGGAUCCGCAAUAUUUGGAUUUUUCAUAUCAACCUUACUACCAUCAUUGAUAGUGUAUAUACGACAUACACUAGCUUUACCAGCUGAACGAAUAUUUAUUUUGAUAUCCGGCUCUUCUAUUGGUUAUGUGGUUUAUCCCUUAUUCCUAACUCUUGCCAACUCCAGUGAGAGUCGUAUUUUCAUAGCUAUUGAUUUUUUCGCAGUUUUACUAUUGGUGCUCAUCUACGUCUCUAUACUUAACACACAAGCGCAGACAGAGAGAACAAGAGCUUCACAAAACUCGUUGAAGAUCUUUAUCGAUCGGUUCUUCUCCGGUGAAGCGAUGCUAAAACGGACACGAUCGAUACGACCACUAAUCUCCAGACUUCGACCAAACUCCUAUAAACGCUUCCGAGGGCGUCACUCAUCCGCUGCUUCUUCGCAGCCAGAUAUACCCAAAAUCGAAGUCACUCUUGAGAAAACUCCACAGAUACAGUAUGACUAA